UCCCUCAAAAGAAGCUGCACAAAGGAGCAGGAGGUGCCCGUGGGGAAGGAAGGAAGGAGCAAUUAAAUUAAACUAUAUAUAGUAUCAUCAAUGGCGGAUGCAGCAAGAGAGAUCGGGUCUCUUCCUGUGGCUAACGUACAGGCGCUUGCAGAGACUUGCAAUAACGGCGGCCAUGUCCAGGUGCCCCAGAGAUACCUCACCAAGGAUCCUGGUUCUGAGGAGGUCGUUGCUGCGGACGAUAGCUCUCACGCAAUUCCGGUCAUCGAUCUCCAGAAGUUGCUUGAAUCCCAGUCAUCGGAGGAGGAGUGCGCCAAGCUGGCUUCUGCCUGCCUCAACUGGGGCUUCUUCCAGCUUAUCAACCAUGGAGUGCCAGACAAAGUGAUUGGAAACCUGAAGAAUGACAUAGCCGAGUUCUUGAAGCAGCCACUGGAUGCCAAGAAGGAAUGCUCGCAGCAUGCUGGCAGUCUUGAAGGCUAUGGACAGGCGUUUGUUGUGUCUGAGGAUCAGAAGCUGGACUGGGCGGACAUGCUCUACCUUCAGGUUCAUCCGAGUGAGUCCAGGGACAUGCGCUUCUGGCCUACUCGCCCUGCAUCCUUCGGUCACUCCGUAGACGCGUACGCCUCGGAGACCAGAGAGCUGGCGUAUCGGUUGCUGGAGCUGAUGGCCAAGGCCGUGGGCGCCGAGCCGCCGGCGGUGCUGCUCGGCGUGUUCCAAGGGCAGCCGCAGGGCAUGCGGGUGAACUACUACCCACCGUGCCGGCAGGCGGCGGACCGGGUGCUGGGCCUGUCGCCGCACACCGACGCGGGUGGCCUCACGCUGCUGCUGCAGAUGGACAACGCCGCCGUAGACGGCCUGCAGAUCAAGAAGGACGGCAAGUGGUUCUCCGUGAACGUCGUCGAUGGCGCCUUCGUCGUCAACGUUGGCGAUGCACUUGAGAUCAUGAGUAAUGGGAAAUUCACCAGUGUUGAGCAUAGGGCCGUGAUACACCCGGCCAAGGAGCGAAUUUCAGCGGCAAUGUUCUUCUAUCCUUGCCCUCAUAUGAUGGUUGGUCCUUUGCCAGAGUUCGUGAAAGGCGAUAAAGAGCGGUAUGGAUCAACGAGUUAUGAGGAUUUCAUGAAGCAUUACUUUGCAACAAAGCUUGACGGAAGGAAGCACCUAGAGAGAUUGAAGUUGGAGCAGUAGCUACCCACACCUCCUCUACCUUACGUCUGUACCUAUCGCUGGAGGCACCAAUAAAUUAUAUGACAAUGACCAGCACACAAUAAUUCUUUUUUUUUCUUUUGCCAAUAUAUUGAGCACAAAAUAAUUAAUUCUGUCUUCAACAGGAAAGCUUGUGUGUUUGUUCUCAAGGUAAUAUGCAAGCGGUUGCUCCAGAACAACGACUUCUCAUGCCACAUGGGUCAAUAACAAAACUACUAUAAGUUUUUACGGACCGGAGUGUUAGUACACCCCUCCACGACACAUGAAACAAGUGUUGAUGCUCUGAAUACCAUCUGUAACACUCCACAUUACCACUCCACAGGCAUAUACAACAAAAUCUGAUGCUCUAAAUACUGUAUCUAACACUCCACGUCUAAAAUCUGCUUAUAUGGCCUAGAUCUGUACGUGGAAUGGACCUGUGUAUGUAUAACACCUAUUUUACACUCUCAUUCUCGCUUUGUAUAAAAGGGUUAACCCAAAGGUGCU